GAGCUGCAUGCGGGUCAGUGCUGCUUCCACAUCAUGGCUCUCAACAUACCUGGUGUGGUCGUCAUGAUGCUCUUCUACCUGCUAGUGCUCGCCAUUGGGAUAUGGGCCUCCGUCAAGUCCCGGCGAGAGGCGGAGAAAACCCGCGGGGACAAAACGGAGCUGGCUCUGCUGGGGAACCGGGGCAUCAGUCUGGUGGUGGGAAUCUUCACCAUGACAGCUACCUGGGUGGGUGGCGGCUUCAUCGUUGGUACAGCGGAGGCUGUGUACAAUCCAUCCAUGGGUCUGAUCUGGGCUGUCAUGCCUAUUGCCGCCACAGUGUGUUUCAUCAUUGGUGGUCUGUUCUUUGCUGAGCCCAUGAGGAACAACAAGUAUGUGACCAUGAUGGAUCCAUUCCAGAUCAAAUAUGGAAGAGCAGCCACUGCUGCUCUGUCAAUGGCCUCGCUUGUCUCUGAGAUCAUGUGGGUGACCGGAACCCUGAUAGGACUGGGGGUGACCAUGAGUGUGAUCUUGGACUUGUCCUACACAGUCAGCAUUUGGAUCUCGGCUGCGGUGGCCAUCACCUACACUCUGAUGGGCGGCUUGUACUCAGUGGCCUACACUGACAUCAUCCAACUGAUCCUCAUUUUCAUCAGUCUGUGGUUGUGCAUCCCCUUUGCCAUGAUGAGUCCAGCUGUGUUGGACAUCACAGAAACUGCAUAUAACCGGAGCUUCCAGGCCCCAUGGGUCGGGUCUCUUGAACCUGACAGGGUCUGGAGGUGGAUUGACAACUUCCUGUUGCUGGGGCUGGGUAAUCUGGGUCUCCAGAACUUCCACCAAAGGACACUGUCGGCCUCGUCUUCCUCCACAGCCAAGAUUACCUGCUUUGCUGCAGCGUUCAUUGUCCCUACACUAGGAAUUCCACCAAUCCUGAUCGGAGCUGUGGCAGCAUCGACAGAUUGGAACUUGACCUCGUAUGGUUCACCGUCGCCGUUUGCUCGUGGUGAGACGGGUCUGGUUCUGCCUAUUGUCCUGCAGCAUCUGACUCCCAGCUACGUCUCCAUCAUCGGGAUUGGAGCUGUUGCAGCUGCUGUGAUGUCGUCAACGGACUCGGCUCUCUUGUCUGCCGCCUCCAUUUUCACCUCCAACAUUUACAAGAGCAUCUUGAGGACUCGAGCGUCUGAGCAAGAGAUCCAGUGGGUGAUCCGGGCCUCGGUGGUGGUAGUGGGUCUGGCUGGAACGUCGCUGACCUUCCUGGACAAUAGUGUGCUGAUGAUCUGGAUGCUUCGGUCUGACCUCACGUAUACACUCAUGCUGCCGCAGAUAGUCUGUGUUCUCUUCUUCAACUUCUCCAAUGCUUACGGUGCUGUGCUGGGUUGUGUGACUGGCAUGCUGCUGAGGAUUCUCUGCGGCGAGCCCCUGCUGGGCCUUCCACCGCUCAUCAAAUUCCCAGGAUGCACACUGGUAAACGGCAUUUACAUCCAGCACUCUCCGAUCAGAACCAUUUGCAUGCUGUCAGCAACCGUAGCCAUUUUGUUUUUUUCAUACGUGACACAAGUGCUCUUCCGACGUGGAGUGUUUCCAGAGAAGUGGGACAUUUUUGAUGUGAAAUCUCAGAACGCCACACAGGGUAACACCAAAUUUGAAGUGAAGGCAGCCAAGGUACCGGAAGAGCUUAAGGAAGCAACGGAGAACAGUGAUGUCUGUGAACCCAUGCUGGAGUCGGCAUGCUAGAAAAUGUGUGGACUCAACACGACGACUUUUGUAUUUAUAACUCACGGAAAUGAAUGCACCGUCUCUGGCGUCACUUUCUCAACUAAGUGUGUGAACAACUGGUAUUGAGCAACUUUACAGCAUUUGGACACAUGAAUUGUAAGCCUUAUCUCAGCAGGUAGUCGCAAGUGGUGAGGGUUUCAAUCAAGACCUCCUCCUUGGUUUAUUUCCUGUCAAAAAUUGUGUUUUAAGUUUUAUGUAUGAUGAAGAAAUACCUCUGGAAUAUCAUCUUCUCAAUUAGAUGUACCUAGAAGCAGUUGAAAGCAGUGACGUGCAGUGAGGUUUAUGGCUGGUGAGGCAUUGACUAAUAAUCAGAUUUACAAACACAUGAACCCUACAGAGAAGCCUGUUCACCAUUUGAUAGGCAGCAGUUAAUAGGUUAUGUUUAAAAUCUCAUAUCAGUACAUUCAAUUAAAACAACAAAAAAACGUUAUGGUCUUACCUUAGUCCAGACCAGUUUAGAAAAUUGUUUGAGUUUAGAUAUGUAAUCCUCCAUUUUGAAAGUAAGGCCAAAUUUGAAGAAAAAAAUAACGGAUAGCUGCACUUGACUUACCAACGGUCGUUUGAUGUCAAUUAUUGUGUUGUCGUUCUGUUGUCACAAGAACAGUAGUAGGUGGCUGCCUCACUGCGCUUCUCUUCUUAGUAUUUGAACAGUAAAUGUGAAAAAUCAGCCAUUUUGAAUAAAAACCUUAAACUGGUGAAAUAAAAAAAACAUUAAUUCAUAGUGUAAAUCAGUGGAUAAAUAUAACCAUUAUACAUAUAUAUAUAUAUAUAUAUAUAUAUAUAUAUAUAUAUAUAUAUAAUUGACAGGUGAGGCCCUGCUUCCCCUGACUGCACGUCACUGGUUGAAAGGUAACCUCAUGGCAUGGAACUGCCCUUUCUAUUAUUGUUGCAUAAAGGCUUCAUUGCAGUGUACAAUAAACAAAUUUACCUUACAGACAGAAGAACCUAAGGUAGGUCAGCAGUUAUAAUCAUUGUAUGAUCAGGCAAGCUAAGCUCAUGCACAAUCAGAUCAACAGUUACAAUGAAAACUGCCCAUCAGAGUAUGUCCAACUGUGUCAUACUCAACCACUGAAAGUGCAGUAUAGUGCUGUUGUCUUCUGUUGUUUAGUUGAAUGUAUUUCUCAGUAGAAAUCAAUUCAGCAUUCAAAUAAAAGCGCUGAACACAAUUUUGAAUUUUGCACUUUUAUUCCAUCAAGGACAAUGAUGGAAUUAUGGUUAAGACUUCCUCACUCUGUCAAGUGUGACAUAUGUUUUAAACAAUACCACUGUUCCUUUUUUUAUUAGAUUUAACUCGUUCUGUAAUUAAUUUUAAUAAAAC